AUGUCUUCGCUGAAAAUUCAAUUUCCCCCACAUACUUUUUCACGUCUCUUCCGCCCCUGGGACAUGGCGCCCAACGCAGACGCUGCUAACGCCAACAACGAGACCAGCAACCCCACAAUGCCACAGAAUCUAAGCAUUCAUGGUGUGGAUACAACACCCACAGCUGCAAAAACAAUUAAGGUAGAAGAUGAGGAGGUGGAAGUGGAUGAUGAUUAUUACCUGCAUACGAGUCGUACCUCUGAAUGUGCUUCCAACCAAAGUAAUUGUAGUCGUCUCAGCGACGAGACCGAACUCUACCAGCGUGAACAGUCUACCACUGACGGCAGAAAUUUACUAACACGAAUCACUCCAACUACCGCCAUAUGUCCGACGCAAACGCCCGAGAAUGGCUACAUUGCAAGACCCACAUUAAAUAGGGAAAUAUUUGCGACGCCGCAUCACUUUCGCAGCAGAGAAGUGCUUGAAUCGCAGCAUCAAUAUCAACUGCACUUGUUGGCACAGAAUGUUAUGCCACCAACGACGACGGCCCCAGUAGCAAUGCCUAACGAAUACUUUUAUGCGACUAGUACGGCAGCUGCUAUGAGCAGAACCAGCGAAGUCAUUACAGCGUUGCCUCCCACAUCCAUCCUGCCCACGUCCAAUAGCGCCACGGCUGUAGCAGCAGCAGGAUUUGCCGAUAUGGAUGCGUACGCGCUCGAUUUAAUGGGACGCGAAUAUGCACGCAUUAUGGCCGAAGAGGCGCAAACCAAGGCUUUCAAUGCGAGAAAACAGCGUCCAAAGAAAUUUCGAUGCCCACAAUGCGAGGUGGCUUUCUCAAAUAAUGGACAACUAAAGGGACACAUACGGAUACAUACCGGCGAACGUCCUUUCAAAUGCCACGUCGAGUCUUGCGGUAAGACAUUUACGCGCAAUGAGGAGCUGACGCGACACAAACGCAUACACACAGGACUACGACCAUAUCCAUGUGCAGUUUGCGGUAAGAAGUUUGGCCGUCGCGACCAUCUUAAAAAACACAUGAAGACCCAUAUGCCACAAGAGCGUCAACUGCGACCUGCCAUAUUAAUGCCUAUCUACCCGUACCUCUAUGGAUACUAA